ACAGGCAACCGCAAGUGACUACCAUAGCACAAACACCCGCCUACAACUUUCCCCAAGCAUGGCUUCCAAUCCCUCUACCUCCCAUCUCGACUGCCAGAACGAAUGCAGAGAGAUCCAUGAGAAGAAGAGUCAACUUGGUCACCUUGCCAGAAUCUUGGCCCGCCGAACUCAGCUGGAGCGGCAACAGCUCUGCAGCACCUACACUGCCAUGUAUGGGCAAGACUUGGUUGAGCAUCUCCAAAGAGCCCAAGCAGCUGGGCAGCGAAAUGAGAUUUGCACUCUGUUGUCUCUGUGGAUGCUUAGCCCACAUGAACGUGACGUUGUUCUUGCAAAACAGUCACUUGAAAUUGGCGACAACCAAUACAUAGCACUGGUUGAAAUUUAUGUGGGCCGAAAGCCAAGGCAGAUGCUCCUUAUGAAGCAAACUUACCUUGCGAGGUUUAAGAGACACCUAGACUAUGACAUAGCAUCAUCUGAGCCCAAAAGCCCUUACCAGAAAAUACUAGCAGCGCUUGAUGCCGCACAUAAGUCACAUGAUAUGGAUGUCAGUCUACACGUCGCGCAGUGGGAUGCAAAGAGGCUGUAUGAAGCAGUGGAAGGGAGAGCGGAAGCAACAGAUGAAGCAGUUGUUAUUGAGAUCCUUAGCAAGCGGUGCCUACCACAACUCAAGUUGAUGUUAUCUUGCUACAAGCAUAUAUACGGACAUGAUCUUACAAAGACGCUAAAGAAAAAGACACAAGGGGAAUUUGAAGAUUCAUUCCUAAUGACUGUCAAAUGCAUGUAUACUCCAGCCAAAUAUUAUGCCAAGAUGUUGUAUAAAAGCAUCAAGGGCUUGACUACAGACAAAAACAUACUGCCACGUGCUUUGAUGAAUGUAAUUGAGACUGACAGGAAGGAGGUAGAAAAAGCAUUUCAGACCAAGUAUGGAAUGAAAAUCCAUGAAGCAAUUCAAGGAAGCAUGCCAGAUGGAGAUUACAAAGAGUUUCUUCUUGCUCUAGCUACCCCUUCAAUUAGGUAAUAUAUUUUCCUGGUCGAACAUUCCAUCAGGACCAAAUAUCCAAGGGGACUGAUCUCAGGAAAUGGCAAGGUUAGACCAUUGUAUUAACUACCAGCAGGAUAUAACAGUGUGAGACGGUGUACAACAAGAAGCCCCUUCACAUGAGUCAACAAUGUGCCGAAAGCUUAUCUUCUUUAUGUAAAACAGUGUAUACUGAAAGUUUCUAUAUUCUAAGUA